AUGGAUAUCGGAGCUGGGAUAACGACGGGCACGGCCGAAUUGAGAGAGGCCACAAAAAUGGAACGUAUAGGAGUUCACUCUCAUAUCACAGGUCUAGGACUAGACGACAGAUUGGAGCCAAGGCCAAAUUCUCAAGGAAUGGUUGGUCAAUUGCGCGCACGGAAAGCGGCCGGUGUCAUUCUUCGCCUGCUCUCACCUUCAUCUUUUUCUUCAUCUACAGUCUCUGCUGCUCCUGGACUCUCUGGCCGUGCGAUCCUUCUUGCUGGCCCACCUUCAACUGGUAAAACAGCAAUUGCGCGUGGAAUGGCAGCUACAUUAGGUCCAGAUGUUCCUUUCACGUCGAUCACCGCGUCUGAGGUGUACUCGUUGAGUAUGAGCAAAACGGAAGCGCUGACCCAGGCACUGAGGCGAAGCAUUGGUGUCCGGAUCAGGGAAGAAGAAGAGAUCGUAGAAGGCGAGGUCGUGGAGAUUGUUGUGGAGAGGGGAAUCACGGGUAGUGGAAAAUCAGGACGUGUCAUCUUGAAGACAACGGACAUGGAGACUGUGUAUGAAAUGGGUGGAAAGAUGAUUGACGAGAUGACGAAGGAAAAGGUCCUUGCAGGCGACAUCAUCUCCAUAACAAAAUCAUCUGGACGCAUAACUAAACUCGGACGAUCUUUUUCUCAUUCACGGGAUUUUUCACUACUCUCUCCAUCGACAACCUUUCUUCCUACACCUUCAGGAGAGAUUCUCACCCGACGUACCGUCACACAUACCGUGUCGUUACACGAAAUUGAUAUCAUUAAUUCUCGUACUCAAGGAUUUCUUGCCUUGUUUGCUGGUGACACAGGAGAAGUCGCCGCGCCUCUUCGGGCACAAAUUGAUGUCAAGGUCGGUGAAUGGAGAGAAGAAGGCAAGGCGGAACUGGUAACAGGUGUCUUGUUCAUAGACGAAGUUCAUAUGUUGGACAUGGAGUGUUUUUCAUUCCUCAAUCGUGCACUUGAAGGCGAACUUGCUCCUUUGGUAGUGAUGGCGUCCAACCGAGGCGUAGCUCGUAUCCGAGGCACAGAGAUGCGUGGUCCGCAUGGUCUUCCUCCGGAUUUACUCGACAGAUUGCUCAUUGUAGCAACGAGCAAGUACGUUCCAGACGAAGUGCGCCAGAUUAUCAAAAUCAGGUGUCAGGAAGAAGAUGUGGAGGUUGGGCCAGAUGCGGAGGAUUUAUUGGUCGAGAUUGCUGGAGAUGCGGGAAUGAGGUAUGCGCUUGGUCUGAUUGCUGUGAGCCAGGUGGUUGCGCGAAAGAGGGUGAAGAGCUCAGGUGGGGGCUCGGAAGCUGUCGAGGUGGAGGAUCUGAGACGAGCGUAUGGGUGCUUUAUGGAUCCUGGGAGGAGUGUACAAUGGCUGAAAGAGCAGCAGGGAAGUUUGCUGGUGGAAGAGAUCACAGGGAGUGAAAACAUAUUGCAGGGACAGAGUGAUAAAAUGGAUGUUGUGUAG